AUGUUUCAGAUCUCCCUCGCAGUAUGGAAUACCUACGCUGCAUCUAUCCAAUCUUCUUCUACUGGCAAUACUGAGACAUCUUCAGACAAAUCAAGUGUAUCAAAUACAACUGGAUACUUAACAAGUGAGGUUUCAGUAACCUCAUCAAAUUCAGAACAAAGUACAAAUACGACUGAUGAAUCGAACACAAACGAUGUAUCUACAAAAUAUUCUGCCAAUUUAACAGAUGUGACAUUUACUGUGAAUAGAGAUGAAACUGUUAAUUCUUCGAAUACUGACAUUGCCUCUGAAGCUAAUACAACAACGAUAUUAUUGACUACCUCUACUUCAGACAGUGGCAAUGCAACAAGAACUGAAGACACUCUAUCCUCGCUAGUGUCUAGUUCCACCAACUCUACAAAUUCUACUUCAGCCUUGGAAGUUUCAAACUCGUUAAGGACCACUGAUGAAUUAUAUCAAAAUAUUGUUAAAACAACAGAUGAUGGUAUGGAAAAUUCUACAUUGAAUUCUAUAGCAUCAUCGAAUACAACAACUGGGUUUGAUACUUUAAGUCACACAAAUGAAACUGAAACAUUAGAUACGACAAUUUUAAAUACUCUUAAUAUUACGAAUACCACAAAUGUGAGUGGUACAUCUAAUUCAACAUUAUUUAUAGAUAACUUAAUAUGGGUGACAUCUAAUAUCACUAUUGUGUCAAAUUCUUCAUACGAUACUGAUUCGAAGAAUUAUCAAAGUUCAUUACUUUCUACAGAUACGGAGACUUCAGACACUUUAAAUUCUACAAGUUCCACAAAUGUAUCAGACGCAGCUACUUAUAACACAUCCACCAAUAAUAUGGAGUUUACUAACGUUACAUCACUUGGUGAUGCUACGGACACAUUUACGUCAAAUUCUUCAAAUUCUGUAAACUUAAGUAACGAAUUAAAUACAGUCAAUUCAAAAAAUUCGUCGCAAACUUCAGACACCACCUAUUUCGAUACUUUGGAUAGUACAAAUUCUACAAACAUUCUGGCAAAUAACAAUGCAUCAACAGUUAUAGACGUUGCAAUUUCGUCGUCAAUAAAUUCUACAACAUCAAAAAAUACUUCGUUUGAUGGUGAUAUAACAACUUCAAUAAACUCAUUAAGAACUACUAAUAAUUCAACAUCAGAGAGUGCAAAUACAACAAGUUCAACAGAUUUUACAGGAUAUUUAAAUGCUCAAAGUACAAAAUCAGUGUCAGAUACCAUUGAAAAUACGAACUCUAAUGAUUCUUCUGAAAAUUCUAGUUCAAAACUAGAAUAUUCUUUAAACUCCUCAUCAGGUUCAAAUAUUGAAAAUUUAGUGAAUUCCACUGUGAGUUCAAGCUCAUCUUCAUCAGACACCUUGAGCCAUUCGAAUUCAUCUAUUGUACUAGAUUCAACUAAUUCAUCCAGUGCAAUAGAUGUUAAAAUUUCAUCUGAAUCCAAUUCUACAACAUCAAAAAAUACGACUGAUGAUAUACAAAGUUCAAACCUACAAAACACAGUGAAAACGGCAAGCAAUUCUAUAUCAGAUACUGUGAAUAUAACAAGCUCGACUGAUAAUAGUAGCAAAAAUAGCUUACGAGCGACAAGACAAUCCAUAGAUUCUUCGGAAAGUACAAAUUCAAGUGAUUCUGUUAACAUUUCUAGUAAUAAAUCGGAAUAUCUUGUCAAUUCCACAUCUGCUUCAGAAACUACAAAUUCUGUAAAUGAGACAGAAACUUCUGAUUCCUCAAUAAUAGAGAGUUCAAAUUCUACAAGUUUAUUAAACACUGAAAAUGGCGCAAAUUCUUCACAUGUCUCUGAUUCCUUAGUUUCAGCGUCAGUAAACUCUACAAUUUCGGAAGAUUUCACGUCUGAUUCCGUUUUUGCAAACACUUCAAAUUCAUCCAAUGUAAAGGCCACAAGAAAAUCAGAAACUGCAAAUUACACAGUUUCAACUGACAACACACACUAUGAUGGUCAUUCCAACCAGACGGUGACUAAAUAUAACACUAAUAAUACUGAGUCAGAUGAUGCAACAGAGUUUUGGCAAUCAGAAUCUAUCUAUUCUUCAGAAUCAUCGUCUGUAGAAGAUGAAACAAAUUCGAUAAAUUUAAAUGAAACUUCCGGCACAUCUACACUAAAAAUAGUGAAAACAUCAAGUUCAAAUGACACGAAGGAUGUAACCAAUUCUACUAGUGAAAGUAAUAGUAUAUCAGCCACAUCUAGUAACACUAAUUUGAAACAAUCAACCCUUACAAGAAGGAAUAUGGGUGACAUGUUUGUUUCUAAAAAUAUUACCGAUGUCUUAUCUACAGAUAAAACUACUGCAUUAAAUUCAACAGCAACAUCAAAUUCUUAUAACUCUGAUUAUUCAUCGGUUAGUCAAGAGUCUAUAAGUUCUGUAAGCAAUAGUUCAAAUAUCGCCAACAUAAUUGAUAAACUAUCCAACUCAAGCUCCACCCGGACCAGUAGUACGUCAUCAAGUACAUCAGUGCCCAGCAGUUCAGUUUCAAGUAGUCCAGAAGAUGAUUCUGAUUCAUCAAACUCUAAUAGCAGUUCUGUCAACUCUUAUGCAACCAAGAAUACUACUCGCUCAAUGAAGACAGACGACAUAGAAACAACAUAUUCCACUGAUGAUAUCGCUUUCAGGAACGUUACUGAAGUUAUAAAUGAGGAAACUUCAAUAAUCACAAAUAAUCAUACUGACACAACAAGUACGAUUGUUACUACAGAUGCUUCUGAUAAUGUGACAAUAAUAACAAUUAUAACAAAAAAUAUGACUGUUACAGUAGACGAUGAUAUUACAAAUGUUACUGAAAUUAUUGUCGUAACAAACAUAACCAGUACUACAAAUACCACUGAAGACAUAAUUACAAGUGAUAUUACCGAUAUAAUUACUACCGUUAUUUUUACCAACACUACAAUCGUUACUAUUAUUAUUGAUGGCAAUGAAACCACGUAUACUACUACGUCAUUACAUAGCACUGAUGUUAUCGAAACAACGGCUGUUGAUGAUACGAAAGAUGACACAAUAAUUGCUACAUCCAGAAAUAGUUCAGAUGUUACGACUUUAAGAAGGACAUUGGAUGUUUCAAAUAAAACUAUUACAAGUGAUUCAACAAAUACGACUACUUUGUUAACAGUAACCGGAGAUGAAAUAGACUCUACGAACUCUACCGACUCUAAUGACUCAUCCGAAACGAACACAACUUCCAUCUGCACGUCGCAAGGAUUCUUACCUGAUCCAGAUUCUACAAACUGCACGAGAUAUAUUGAAUGCAUACAAAAUGUCAAUGGCGAUUUCACUGAGUCAGUGAAUACGUGUCCUGAUAGCUCUUAUUACAAUCCUAAUACGACUUUAUGUGAUUUUGAUUACCAAUGUCCAGAUUCGACGGACAGUACCAAUUCUUCCGAAUCAAAUAAUUCAAGUGAAGAAUCGAAUUCAACCAACACUUCAAAUUCUACUUUUAUCUGCACGACUCAAGGGUAUUUUGCUGAUCCAGACUCUAAUAACUGUACGAGAUACUUUGAAUGCAUUCAGAAUACUGAUGGCACCUAUACUGAGACUGCUUCUACAUGUCCUGAUGAUUCUUAUUAUAAUCCCAAUACGACUUUAUGUGAUUUUGAUUACCAAUGUCCAGAUUCGACGGACAGUAACAAUUCUUCCGAAUCAAAUGUUUCAAGUGGUGAAUCGAAUUCAACCGACGACACUUCAAAUUCAACUUUUAUCUGUACCACUGAAGGGUAUUUUGCUGAUCCAAACUCUAAAAACUGCACGAGAUACUUUGAAUGCAUUCAAAAUAGUGAUGGUACCUAUACUGAGACUGCUUCUACAUGUCCUGAUGAUUCUUAUUACAAUUCCAUAACAACGUUUUGCGAUUUUGAGUAUGAAUGUCCAGAAUCGACGGACAAUACCAAUUCUUCUGAUACUUCUGAUUCAAGUGGUGAAUCUAAUUCAACCGAUACUUCAAACUCCACUUCUGUCUGCACGACUCAAGGAUUCGUAACAGAUCCAGACUCUAAAAAUUGUACGAGCUACAUCGAAUGUAUUGAAAAUGAGGAUGGCAGUUACACGCAGACAGUGUACCCAUGCCCGGAUAACUCUUAUUACAAUCCCGAUACGACUAUUUGCGAUUUCGAUUACAAGUGUCCGACAGAUUCAUCGAAUUCUUCAUCUAGUUCGUCCGGUACCUUUACAUGUACAUCAACUGGACGGUUUUCAAAUAGCGAUGACACUACUUGCCAAUCGUAUUACAGUUGUGUGUUAUUGGCUAAUGGGACCUUCGUUUUAAAUGAAUACAACUGUCCGAAUUCUUCAUGGUUCGACCCGAGUAAACAAUAUUGUACAGCGGCAUACACGUGCGGUUCCUAG